AAAAGAAGUUCCAAAAAUCAAAACAAAAGAGCGGCACUUAGCCUAAAUAAAUUUAUGAAUCUUUCUUAAAUAUUCCAAACUAGAACCCGACUUGAAUUCUAGGCUAUGUAAACUGUGGAUUUAUGAUCAUCCCCAAUCAACCGAUCAAUUUCAGUAAUUUCAGAAUUACAAUCCCGAUUCAUACCUCGUCCUUUUGAGUUAUCUCAAUCAUCAUAUACCCGAUCCACUACCAUUAAUCUCCAAUCAAUUAUUCAUAAUUUUCAGUUUUGAUUUUGAUAAUGGCGGGCGUGAGAAAGAGGAAAAGUUCAGCCAUCGAUGAUGGUGAGAAGAAGUCGAAAAUCAAACAAGUUGAUGUAGAAGAAGAAGAAAGAGCAAUUGUUGUGGAUGAAAGUAAAAGUCUUCCAGAGGAAUUGUGGAUUGAAAACAUUUUGACGAGAUUACCAGCAGCUCGGACUCUAGCCAUAUGCAGUUUGGUGAGUAAGUUAUGGUACAAUUCAAUUUACAAAGACAAUAGAUUUGCUGCCAUUCAUAAUUUUCAGACAGAAACAAGAGUAGUCUAAUCUUUAAUCUCCAUGUGUUUAGGGGUGGCUUAGAUAAUGCUUAUUUUUUUUAGUUUAGAAGAAGAACACAGUGAUGAUAAUCAUCUUGAUCCUAAAUUUCUCGCUCAUCUAAUAACCCCCGAGGAACAUAUGAACUAGUAGGUUAUGCAAAUGGUUUAGCAUGUAUUAAAAUAGCGAGUAUGCCUGAUGAUGUUGUGGGUUCAAUUGUUGUGGUUAAUCCCACCAGGUCUCAAACACUAACCUUCUCCUAUGUUACUCCAACUGGGGGAUACAUAUACUUGUGUCAUGGGUUUGGUUUUGAUUCAUUAUCUCAAGUAUACAAGGCUGUAAUUGUUUUUAAUUCAAAAGACAACGAAGAGUUUCUUUGCAUGAUCAUUACACUGGGAACGUGUUCGUGGAGAAACGUAGUGACUAAGACUUCUGAAAUGUCACCUCCACCUGGUUCUUCUUCACCUUUCCCUAGUCGAAUGGUAACUAGAGUUUCAAGAUCGUUUUGUAGAUCAGCUACCUUUUGCGGGGGUGAUCUUCUUUGGAGGACGACUAAUGAAGUCGAUAAUGAUUGUGAGAUUGAAAUGCUGCUCUCGUUCGACCUCCAUAGGGAGAAGAUUCACUUCAUUCGACUCCCGGCUGAGUGUACUCUGACCCCGGCAACAAUGAAUGCGCAUCAAUAUUUAGGAGUUGAUCAUCUUCUGGAGUUUAAAGGAUAUCCUUGUAUAGCACGUUCUGAGAAGAUAAUGCUAAGCAACAGUGAUCAUUGCGGUCAUCAUUGUGGCUAUCAGAGUAACUUUGGUUGUUGUUGUUGUUGCAAGGUUCAUAUGUAUAUAUUGAAGGACAAGCUCAACCAAGUAUGGGUCAGGGAGGAGACUUUCGAUGUUCAGAUUAAGGGUCAGGAAGGUUUACUAACAGGUCCCCUCUGUUGUUACUUUGACAGCACUAGUGCUGUUACACCUCCUACACAUAUAUUGACUCUCUCCGAUCAGGUGCUAUUGUACUGGUUUAAUGGGGAAUGUCUUAUACUCUACAAUUUGCUGGAGAAAUAUCUCAAGGUGGUAAAAUGCUCUCACUCCUAUCCUGGGAUUUUUCCAACUAAGAUGAAUACAAAACUAGGCCGUUGUAUUGGUGAUGAUAAUAAUAUUUAUUGCCCGUACAUGGACUAUCAGCUGCACGCUCAAGUGGAGAAUCUUGUUUCUAUGAAAACCUUCAUUCCCAAAGGAGCUAAAACUAGUCAAUAUGAUUGUUUUGAAGAUUUGCAACAUGCUGUCAGAGGCAACAUACCGGCAGGAUGGGUGGUUACGGGAAGAGAAUCAUUGAAUUGUUAUGCUUUCCGCAAGGACAAAGAGACUGAUGAUGAACUGAGCAAGAAUGUUGAAGGUCACCACCCCAAUGGAAGUUGUAGGUCAAAGAAGAGCAGUGAGGUACAAUCAACGGGUUUUGAAUUGUCUGAGCUAAUGAGUGCAUGCGAAACUAUGAUUCCUGUUGUUGAGAAGGUGUUAGUUACGAGUGUUCCUGUCCCACUCCCAGUUGAAGAAUGGAUGGGUGUGCUCAAUAGCAUGCCAGAUUUGGAAGUCGGUUUGUAUUUGGAUGCCAUAGAUAUUCUCGAUAGUGAUUCAGGCCGUGCAAGCACUUUUAUGGUUUUAACUCCAGGUUUACGGAGGAGGUGGUUGAUGGAAAACUCAGGCCUUUCCCAGGCCUGUUUAGCAUACGAGUAUGAGUACGAGUUCUGUGUUUGGUGGAUAAUAUCUGUGACACUCUGUGUGUUGCAGAGUGUUUACAUUGUCUUUUGUUUUUUACAUUAUAGGGAAAAAAGGCAAAUUCCCUUCUCUUUAAAACAAAACAAAAAGACGCAAAACGAAAGAAACUUAGAGAAUGAUAUAACUCACCUUUCUUUUUUCAGACAUGCAAUUUCCCUGCGGUUUUCAAUUUUGGAGAUUCAAAUUCAGAUACUGGAGGUAUAUCAGCAGCAUUUUAUGCGAUUGGUACUCGUCUGGAAGGGCCUGCGAUGGUCGUCUUGUCGUGGAUUUCAUGGCCGAGGAAUUGGGUUUAGCCUACUUAAGAGCAUAUCUGGACUCACUUGCAUUGGGUAGUUUCAAAAAUGGAGCCAAUUUUGCAACCGGAGGAUCACCCAUUUGAAAAGACAAGGGUUAUUGCCCAUUACGCGCAGAUUGCUCAACUCCGACAAUUUAAAGCUUGAACCAUUGACAUUGUUAACUCUACCCAACA